CAGUUUUAUUCCAACUACCGCAGAAGGUGAACCUCUUUCCCGCGCAAAUUGAAAUGGCUCCACUUAAGCUCUACCACUACCCCAUGAGCCCACCAUCGCGAUGUGCCCUCCUUACGGUGCGAAAUGUGAAAGUUGACGCGGAAGUUAUUACGGUGGAUUUGUUCAAAAAGGAUCAAUUGGCUCCGGAAUUCGUGAAGAUCAAUCCUCAGCACACAGUUCCUACAAUUGAUGAUAAUGGGUUUGUUUUGUGGGAAUCUCGUGCUAUUGCCACCUACUUGGCUUCUACUAAAGCUGCAGGAAGUUCCCUCUACCCAAAUGAUCCCAAAAAACGCGCCAUUGUUGAUGCCAGGCUCUACCUCGAUCAGGCAUUGCAGAUUGCAACAGGAGCUAUCAUGUACCCAAUUCACGCAGAAGGAGCUACAUCAAUCCCACAGGAUAAGAAGGAUAAAGUCUACAAAAUGCUAGGUGAUCUGAACACCUUCAUGGAGGGACAUUUAUACGCAGCCGGCAAUGAGCUCACUGUGGCUGAUUUAGCUCUCUUAGCCACUAUCUCGACAGUUCAUGGUAUUGGGGCUAAUAUCAGCAAGUUUAAGAACAUCGCAGCAUGGUACAAGAGACUCGAAAAGAUUCCUGGUUUCCAGGAGAACGAAGAAGGAGCUCAAACUCUCGGGAAGUACAUGAAGGCCAAGAUUAAUCUCACAGGAACUUGGGAUGAUUAGAAGUUAAAUUUUAAAGAAUUUAUAUUCAAAAGAAUUUCAUAAUAAAGAUAAAAGAAUCGUAACAGGUGCCUGAAUAUAGAACACCUGAUACUGAUAUAUUGAUUAC